GCCAAGCUGAGAAGUCUGUACCAGCUAAGCUUUGCAAAGCAAUGUUACGGCCUACUGAGGCCUGCCUCCGAGCCAUCUGCGCAAGCAACGACGGUGAGCCGGUGACGGCUGACAGGGUUCCUGGAUUGACGUCAAGUUAACUGCAACUGACGAUUCGGAACAAUUGCCGACAUGCAAUGCUCUGGAGAUGGCGCCUGGGCAAGCAGCUUUCGUGCAGUGUUCGAUGCAACAUCCAUCCACUUCCCCUCUCCGCUAAGCCAGGGCGCGGGGUGAACUACGGCAAAGAUGCGGACCAGCUCGUUACGGGGCGCAUGCAUCGUGCAUCUGUGGGCACGGCAUGAUGUUAUCGGGGCAACUGUUCGAGUGUAUAAAGUCUUCACUUUUGACGGGUCUCACGUUGUCAACCACAGCCCCACGAGACCUUAACAGGCUUCAAACAGCAUAAUGAAGUCCUCUGACCUAAUUGCUUUGAGCAUUGCGCUCUACUCCGGCUCGGCCCUUGCGCAGAGCUACACCAAUCAGUCUGAGGUGCCGCUCUACGGCCAGAGUCCUCCUGUCUACCCUAGUCCGUGCGGUAAUGGCCUAAGCUCCUCGUCCUGGGCGGAUGCAUACGCUCGAGCGAGAGAGUUAGUUGCGAGGAUGACUCCCGAGGAACAAUCGAAUCUUACUCACGGCGUGAAAGGGCCUUGUGUUGGGCAGACAGGCGCAGUUCCACGUCUCAACAUUCCGGAAUUGUGCUUUGCGGACGCACCAGCCGGCGUACGCGGACAAGAAUUUGUCUCUUCGUUCCCUUCUGGUAUACACCUUGGUGCUACUUUUGACCGCAAUUUGAUGUUACUCUACGGCCAUGCACUCGGUCGUGAAUACCGCGGAAAGGGCAUCCACGUGGCACUUGGACCUUUCCUUGGUCCGAUUGGGCGGGUCGCUAGAGGUGGGCGAAACUGGGAGGGCUUGGGAGCGGACCCCUACCUGGCUGGAAUCGGUGGAGGUCUCAUCACAAGAGGCACACAAGCGGAGGGGGUUAUUGCGACGCCAAAGCAUUGGUUGCAUCAAGAGCAGGAGUACAGGCGCAUGCCUGGAUCUGAGGGUGAAGCUGUGUCAUCAAACGUUGAUGACCGGACGACCCAUGAAUUGUAUGCAUGGCCUUUCAUGGAUUCGUUAAGAGAGGGUGCAGCAUCUCUUAUGUGCUCAUACCAGCGAACGAAUAACAGCUACGGUUGCCAGAACAGCAAACUUCUUAAUGGCAUCCUCAAGACCGAACUCGGCUUCGAGGGUUUCGUGGUUUCCGACUGGGAUGCACAGCACUCUGGCGUGGGAUCCACCAACGCAGGUCUUGAUGUUGUUAUGCCAGUAGCGAAGUUCUGGGGUAACAACCUGACUGAAGCUGUGGCAAACGGUUCGGUGUCAACCGGCAGGCUUGAUGACAUGAACACACGGUUGCUUGCGGCUUUCUUCUACCUGAAGCAAGAUCAAGGGUUUCCCGAGAACGCAGUCUACCCGUACAACGCCAUCCAUCCAAUUGUCGACGUACGUGAAGAUCAUGCCUCCCUGAUCAGGGAGAUAGGCGCUGCUGGCACCAUCCUCGUCAAAAACGUCAACAACACAUUGCCUCUCCGCAAUCCCCGGUUCUUGAACAUCUACGGGUACGAUGCCGAGGUCAAGAGCCAGCCAUGGAACAACCCAUCUCGUUUCGGUGGCGGAUACGAGGAGAACUUUGGAUGGAACACUCUCAAUGGCACAUUGAUUACCGCGGGUGGUUCGGGGUCAAGCACGCCACCCUACGUGGUCAGUCCCUUCAAAGCAAUUCAGGACCGUAUUAUUGCAGCACGUGGUACUCUCCGUUGGGACUUCUUUGGCGUGAACCCGACGGUGUAUGCCAACGCUGAAGCCUGCCUCGUAUUCAUCAACGCCUACGCAUCCGAGUCCUUUGACCGCACAAGCCUCACUGAUGACUUCAGCGACCAGCUAGUCAACAACGUUGCAAAAAAUUGCAGCAACACCAUCGUCGUUCUUCACAGCGCUGGCAUCCGUGUCGUGGAUUCGUGGGCCGACCAUCCCAAUGUGACUGCAAUCGUCUUUGCAGGUGUGCCCGGACAGGAAAGUGGCAACGCACUUGUUGAUGUCCUUUACGGUGACGUGAACCCCUCCGGCCGUUUGCCGUAUACUGUAGCACAUAACGAAACGGAUUACGGACAUCUUCUCAACUCCACCGUCGACCCUACGCAUCCCGCUUUCUUGCAGAGCAACUUUACUGAGGGGCUAUACAUCGAUUACCGCGCAUUCGACCUGAAGAAUAUCACUCCGAGAUACGAGUUCGGGUAUGGUCUCUCAUACACAACGUUUGAGCACACCGAUCUUAGUGUCGAAGUCGCGACCAACGCUUCUCUCUCAAACUUCCCUUCGGAUUCUGUUCCAAUUGUCCAGGGCGGCCAUCCAGAGCUCUGGCAGGUACUCUACCGUGCACAUGUUAAUGUCACCAACACGGGUGGUGUUGCAGGACACGAGGUUGUACAGUUAUAUAUUGGCGUGCCAAAUGCGCCUGAGCGACAGUUGAGAGGCUUUGAGCGUGUCGGCAUCCUUCAACCUGGCGAGAGUCAAGAGGUUCAAUUUGCGCUAGACCGACGCGAUCUGAGUAUAUGGAACGUUGUGGCGCAGAAGUGGGAGCUGCAGAAGGGAGCCUACAAGGUCUGGGUUGGAGCGAGCAGCAGAGAUAUCAGGGCUGAAAGCGAGAUCGUUGUGCAGUAGAGAAUUGAUGUGAGAGUCGGUAUCGUUGCCCUGCAGUUACUAGCACGCCAUGGUCUACCCCUGGUGCCACAGUGGAAGUCCCUCGAAAUUGAUGUCUGC